UAUAUGUGUAUAGCUUAGUUCGUAUCAUAUUAUUAUGUGAUCAUAUUAUACUAGUAUAAUAUGAUCUAAGGUGUAUAGUGAAAAAGAGAGGGAGAGCUGAUACCUUCAUUUAUCGUUAUAAUGUCACGGCCUAUGAUGAUACCGACCUUAAGCCCAAAAUUUUUUUUCGGUCUCACAACUCAAGUGAACGGUAAUUGUUUAUUUCUGAAUGAAAAUGAAAUAGUCUAUCCAGCGUCUGGUGUCCUCGUCAUUUACAACACUGCCCAUCAUAAACAAAAAUAUAUACACCUGGCCGAACCACAAAAAGUCAUCACUGCUAUGGCCCUCUGCAUUAACAAAAACGUUAUAGCUGUGGCAGAGAAAGGUGACAAGAAGAAACCUACCAUCAGUAUUUAUGACCUGGACUCGAUGAAACGAAAAAAACUAUUAACUGUGUUAACGGAUUUGAAAACCGAUAAUUUUAUUAAUAUAAAAUUCUCAUUUGAUGAUACUUAUUUGGCAGCCCUCACUAAUGGACCGGAUUUUAUGAUGUACUACUACAAUUGGGAAAAUUCAAAAAUCGAAAGCUACGUGAAAGCUAGCAACCCUCCAAAUGCCGAAGGACCAGUGUUAGACAUGGCCUUAAAUCCAUCCGACAAUACUAUAUGCUGUUUUGUUGGUAAAGGGCUUUUCCGACUAGUCACUAUCAGUGAUUCUAUUUGGCGACAGUACGGUUUUCAAAAAGCUGACAAUUUGGAUUUUUCCACCGUAUGUUGGUUGAACGGUGAUAGGAUUUUAGCUGGUACUACGGAUGGUCGUAUAGUAAUAGUAGAGAAUGGAGAACUUAUAGCUAUGUACAACGUUAAAACAAUGAUGGAUUUUGAUCCAAAACAUAGAAUAAAAGCUCCUUUAGACGUUGUUCCCUUAUCAAAAGAAAGCAAUCAACGAAUGGACAUAAGAUGUUGUAUUCCGAUCAAGAUAGGUUUAAUAUUCGUGUUCGGCGAUUCCUGUGUUUAUUACUACGAAAAAACUAAUCACAGAUACAAAAGACGAAAUGAAUUCUUGAAGCAAACUGACUCAAACUUAAAUGCUUUGGAUACCGAUAGACCUAUGCAUAACAUAGAGACACUGUCUAUAAGUCCAAAAAACCUAAAAAUGAUUUGUGUUACAAGGCGGUCACAAUUGUUUUGGGCACCGUUGGCUGAAAUUCCAGACACAUAUAUGAACGCACAGAAUAUUGUUUACUUUAAGCCUCUUGGUGAAGACUUGCAUCAUGGUGGUAUCUCCAGCUUGUCAACGUGUAAAUGGAAACCAAUAUUCAUAACUUGUGGAAAGGUUGACCACACCAUUAGGGUUUGGAACUAUUUGAAUUGUUCAUUAUUACUGUCACAACAAUACCAAGAAGAUGUGUUUAGUGUUUCACUACACCCUUCUGGGUUAUAUUCCGUAGCCGCAUUCACGGGGAAAGUCGAGUUUCAAUUGGUGCACACGGAAGGUCUGAAAUCGUGGAGAGAGUUCGCUGUGACGAGUUGUAACUUAACCGAAUUUAGUAUGUCCGGUCACAUGUUUGCUUUAGCUAACCAAUUCGACGUCGAUGUGUAUUGUUCGGUGAAAUUUGAGAAAAGGUUUACGUACAAAGGACAUUCAAAUACGAUCACGGCUAUGGUAUGGGCGCCAAACGAUAUGAAACUAGUUACGUGUGGAAAAGAUGGUGCUAUUUACGAAUUUAAUACAAGGACUGGUGAAAGGGACAUGGAUAUCGUACAUUCUAAAACGAUUUAUAUGGAUUUGGCCAUUUCAAACGACACUAAUCAGAUUUUCCCAGCUGCUCAGGAUGGCCGAUUCAAAGAAAUAAAUAAUCAAUCGGUUAACUUUUUUAUGACAAAUUAUAUACCUACACUCAAUUAUUGUAAAACUUAG